GAGUUGGAGCGUUUCAGGGAGUUUGUGCAGAGGAAGCCAGCGUUUGACGUGGUUGUAGACGGACUGAAUGUGGCAAACAUCAACAAGGACAAAAGCAAGCUUUCACUCACGUUGUUGGCAGUGGUGUCAGAGCUUAAGCGUCAGGAUCUGACAAUUCUGGUGCUGGGAAGGAAGCACAUGCUGCGCCCCUCCAUGUCCUGGGACCGAAAGAACAUGAGCCUCAUUCAGCAAAAAGCCCAUUGCUUCUUUACUGAUAACAUUUCGGAGGAUGACCCCUUUCUGCUGUACGCCACUUUGCAUUCUGGGAACCACUGUCGCUUUGUGAGUAGAGACCUGAUGAGAGACCACAAGGCCUGCUUGCCAGAUGGAGCCACCCGACGCCUGUUCUUUAAGUGGCAAAGGGGCCAUCAACUGGUGGUGGAUGGGUUUGUGACAGCAGGCAGGCGGGUCCAAUUUCAGAGUAUACCCAGCUACGAUACCAUUGUCCAAACUACAGAAGACUCGUGGCACAUUCCCUAUGAUGACACAGAGGACCGUAGUACUUAUGAAGUCCCACAGAGAUGGCUGUGUCUCACAAAAAAGCCCUGAAGUUUUGUUAUUCAACUUUUGAAAAUCGAACAUAUCUUGUAUUUAUACAAUUAAUAAAGUAAAUAUGAAACCUUAUAAGUUAUAAUUGUGUUUAUGUAUUCGGUAAAACUUUCCAGAAAAAAAAAAGAACAAAAAAAAUCCUUUUGACCCGGAAGUGGAUUCUCGAACAAUCACUUCCGGUUCAAAUGCUUUCCAUGUUUUGCUUCUUUGCUAUCUCAGUUUAGUUUUCGUUUCUUUUUCUCUUUCGCACACUCUUUUCUUUCUUCGUCAUGUCUCGGGGGUCCAGUGCGGGGUUUGACCGGCACAUCACUAUCUUCUCCCCGGAGGGAAGACUCUAUCAAGUCGGUGAGAGACGGAAAGAAAGAACUGCAACAUCAGCUAGCACUGCAGCUCCUAGCUUCCAUGACUCAGUGAUAUUGUAGACAAAAAUACAUUCAAUACAUUUGACUUUUUUCUAUUUAUUUAUGUUUUAAAUUACUUAAAAACAACGUGCAUUGUACGGAUUGACGUCUUGUUCAGUGGUCUCAUGUAUUUCAUAUAAAACACUAAAGACCGUUUAC